AUGAACGAGCCAAUGGAUGAGGGUUCGUCCUCAUCCGCCGCCCCCGUGGCCCCGAUUGGCCCUGAAAUCUUCAUGCUUCGCUACAGCUUGACGGCCAAGGAGGCCGAAGUACAUGAAACUUUCAAAUCCGCCGCCCACCGUCGGAAUACGGGUGACCGUUCGGCGAGGUCAAUCCCAGCCUUGGAGGCACUUGGGUUACGCUUGGAGGACUAUGUGAAGACAGUCGUCACUCCGGCCUACAUCUUCUUCUUGCUCAAGGAUGGCCGUGUGUUGCGUCUCGGUUACAGCGUGGAGAAUCGCUCUGUCAGCCCGCCGACCCGGCAUCCCAACGCCAAGGCGACUUCGGCUUCCGGAUCUGUCGCGUUUGCUGCUCCAAAAUCCAAGUUCUCGUCGACCGGACUCGUCCGCUUCUCCCCAGCCUCUGAUGUGCCAGAAGACCUGAUCGCACAAGCACAAGUGGUUCUACAGGGCAAAUCCCGUGAAGUCAUCGUCAGAGAGUUGCAGCGCACAAACCUCAACGUCAACGAGGCCGUCAACAAUUUGCUAUCGAAGGAUGACGAUGAAGACGACGACGACGCUAUCGGCGAGGUCUGCAUCCCCGAGGAGCUGUUGGCGGUUCUCGAUGCUCAAUCUAUGCAGCUCGGUGGCCACGAAGACUAUGCUCCCGAUCUUGAAUCGGCCUUCAUGCUACAGCGCGGCCGCGCCGCCCGACGAGAUGCCGCUCAUGACAAAAAUAAAGACAAGAAGAACCAGUCGUCGUACAGCGAGUUCACCUACGACGACAAGGUCGGGGAAUGGCAGGCUGAAGACACCGAGGAGGCUGCUCGACUUCGUUUUUCUGACAUCACCGCUUGCGCCUCGGAAAUUCUUGGCCUUGCCGGUGGUGUUGUCUAUGGAUGGUCAUUCACCAGUCAACACGGAUCGAGUCAGCCACACUCAAGGGCUUCUGAAGCUGUUGGAGGAUCUACCGUCGUUCGUCUGAUAUCCUCCUACCUCCGCGCGGCUGUUCUCUACGAGAAGCCGACUCGCGAAGGUGUUGUAAGAGAGAUGGCCUCGUGGCUCGACCCCUACCUCCUUCCCGGCAAGAUUGGAACGGCUUUGAUUCAAUCCCUGCCCGCCCAACCGCAAAUCGACCGCAAGGCCCAGGGCGCCGAUGUGCACUUCUUCUGCUCCGACUACUUUGCCGGCUUCAUCACACAGAAUGGAUACCUUCACUGGUGUGGCGUUGUUCCCGCCGCGGAGAAGGUGCACAACUUCGGCAAGAUGCGCAACAAGGCCCGCAAGAAUUGGAGCCGGGACAGCCAAGCCGAGUCGGAGAUCGCCGUCGGUGUUGAAGUGCGCCCGAAGACUUCGCCGCUUUACGAACCGGGCAGUGUGGCCGUGUUACUGAAGGAUGGGCAACCGAGAGUCGGUGUUCUGAUGGAGAAGGUGUGGUCUGCAUCAGAGACGUGCCGCUUCCGCCUGAUCGACGAGGACAAGUAUUCACUCGACCUUGCCGAGCUCCAGAAAGAGCCCCUCAAGGCUGCAGCCGCUCCCAACAAUGAUCAACUCCCGGGCUCCCGGAAGCGACGCGCCAACGACAGCAACGAGCCGAACUACCAGGAGCCGUGGCCCAUCUCCGACUGCAUCUUCUUGUAUGAGCAACCGCACGAAAACGUCUGGAUUGUUGUCCUGCACGACAAAGAAUCAAAACAAUGCGUCACGGUUGAUCCGCGCGACCCGACUUGGAAAGAUGUUCCGCGGGAGGAGAUCUCCGUCGCUCAUCCAAAGUUCAAGGAAAGCCGACAUCACAUCCGGCAAGUGGCUCAUCUACAAGUCCGCGGCACCGACGACACGCUGGCAUUCGAUUCGCCGAAAUGCAUGGAGCCGAAGAGGGUGACUGUCAGGCUCCCAAUUUCGUACGACCGCCUUUGUAACGCCGUUGCUGAUGAGAAAGGAAUCCGUUGCCUCGUCUGCUCGGACGGCCUGUACCAACUUAUCCGUCUUUCCGUGACCGGAAAAGUGCUGUCCAAGCAUUCACUGCCUCUCACUUCUUCUUCCGUGUUCGCCAGCAAGGAGGAUCUGGCCCUCGAAGAUAUGCCCAUUCAGCCUGAGCUUGUCAACUUUUCAAAGGAAGACAUGGUGUUCAUACGCUCGAAACCCGGCUCGGCGCUUAUUCUCAUGUGGCGCGAUGCAGAGGGCGGCUUCCGCGAGCUGUCCACCUACCAUCAACCCCUCUCCCCGCUGCAAUCGCUCUGGAUUGGGCAAAAUGUCGAUGAGCCUGUCAAAAAUGCUUCCGUGAUUAUCCUCGGCCUGGGCCCACCAACCAACGGCAACCUUCUACAGGCCGUGCUCGACUGUGACGAAGAAGCUGACCCGCUCACGACGCCCAACGUCAGCUCGGCAUCUACCACGACAAGGAUAACCUUUGUGGCGCCCACGUUCACGGAUAUUGGCGGGAAUGUGCUGCACGCGGCCGUGGCCCUGGCAACAUCCGCCACAAAUCGCGACCAAGCGGAUAAGGGAGAAGAGGGAGCUGAAGGCAGCAAGACGAUGGAUCAACGCUGGUCUCGCCUACUACGCUCCUCGAGCGACAGCAAGCGCGCGGCUGCUUUGGCGGCUCUCGGCGGACUGGCCAAAGAAAAAGAACAAGCCGAAGCUGGCAUCAAGUUCCCGAACGAGGCAAGACAGCGUCAGCUCAGCGCCAUGGAGAUUGUCAAGCAGCUCGUUCAGCUUCCGUCCAAAGAUCUGCUCGAACAAAUGCUCAAGCAUAAGCUUGACACCCUACUCGAACCGCCGCCAAAUUGGUUCGCCCCGCCGGAGCACAGCAAGAGCUGGCCGCUGUUCGUCCUCUGCUACAACGAUACGUGCUCGUUCACCUGGACCGGCCAAGACCACAUCAAUCAGGACAUCUUCGAGUGCCGUACCUGUGGACUGACGGGCACGCUUUGCUGCUGCACGGAAUGCGCAUUCACCUGCCACAAGGGCCACGACUGCUCGCUGAAAAGGACCAGCCCCACGGCCUAUUGUGACUGCUGGGAGAAGUGUCCGUGUAAAGCACUGGUGGCCGGAAACCCGGAGGCUCGCCUCUACCUGCUGAAAGAGCUGCUCGAGAAGACCGACUGCUACAAGUUUCCGAACCAGAACGGACAGCACAUCGUCUACUUCCUGGCCAAGACCAUCGCCCGCCAAGCCACCGAGCAGCUGCCGUGGCAGAAGAAGAUUCGCCCAAAGUCCAUGAUCGACAACGACGCCGAGCCGAACACGCCCGAGCAAAACCUCGAGCCGCCGAACUUUGCCACCAAGGCGCUGAACGCGUGCUUGAGCAACCUGGACGUCGUCCGCCACUUUGCCUCCGAGCAGAUGAACGACGGUCUCCUGGAUAAGGGCCGCCUCGACGAUAUCGGCAACGUCGCCUAUGGGCAGAGGGUUCGCAGUGAGGACCUCGAUGCGACAAUUUUCUUGAUGCUGACGAAGUGUCCGACCGAAUACCUGAACACCCUGACGCAUACGCUGAUCAAGGGACUUGCCAAGGACCACGAUUCGACGGCCGCCCUCAUCUGCCGUCUCGUGCGCUCGAUUCUUCGCAUCUACGUACUCCUCGUCAACCUUUCAUCAACAGCCGCCAUGGUCGCUGCUCAUGGUCUAUUCUCUACGAAGCAAUUCACCGUCGAGAAGGACGAGAAGAAAAGCGAGGACCGCUUCAUCAUUGUCAACUAUCGCAGCCUGACGGGACGUGGCAAGUCGCAGGAGUUGAAGCCGGAGAUCAUCAUCGAGGCUGUCUCCCGCUCGCACAAGUUCUUGAAGUGCUUCCUCGCGUACACCAGCCUGGAAGCCGCGCAAAUGGCUGCCGCCUCGAUUGCCCCCGUUCUCGUCGGCAGGGCCCGAACUGUUGUCCCGAUGUCUGCUCGUCCGAAGGAGACUGACGUCUUUAAUGUGAGUCUUGACAUUAUUUACUUUGAAAACCUUUGGACCGUUUUAUGCCUUUUUUCAGUUGAUCGAAACCACGCUGAUGAAGUCGGGCAAUGGCAAGGGCCGUUCUUCGGGCGACUCGCCGCAAAAGACCCUUACCGCGACACGACGGAGAGCGAGCAGUCUGACGCUGAAACGGAAGACCGACGCCCGGCCUCGAAUCGUCUGCUCUCAACAUCCAGCAACCUCGGCCCGUCGACUACCGCCGAAAAUGCCAAUGACGGCGCUGGCCAGGCGAUCACCGAAUCCACAGGCCGACACGCUAUCGUCUUGAGCACCAACAGUGCGCGUGUGCAACGAGCGCGCAGCAUUUCGUACACUAGCGAGGAUGAUACUGAGAACGAGGAUAACGAUGACAACGACAACGAGAACGACGACCAGGAUCGAGAAGGCGAGCACGAUGAUGACCAGGACGAGAACCAUGGAGACGAGCAGGAAGAUCAGGAUAUGGAUGAUGAUGAUCACGAAGAUAUGGAGAUCAUCGACUUUGACCAGAUGCCCUCCCGCGCCGCCAUCCGGACCGGGAUCGGCUUGCCGCCGGAGAGUGAUGAGAGCGACGAUGACGAGACGAGGCAAGAGGGUCAACCACCACCCCCACCAAACGCUGGCGAUGAAGUCCGGAACGCGGAGCAGGGCAGCUCUUCCAACGACACGAACACCAAUCAAGUCCUCAACCGCCUGGGCUCUGGAGCUGCUGCGGAAACGGUGCGCCCGGACGUCCAAAUGCGUCGUGAUCGCCGACGGGCAAUCGCUCGACGCCGUCAUCCUUCGGGGAUUGUCAACCGCUUCCGGACCGAAACGAUGGGGACGUCGGGCACAAUGGAUACAACGGCUGAUGAAGCCGAGAAGAAGCCCAAUGAGCCGAAGGAACCGCCGGCAACAAGUAUCAGUGACAGCUCGCGACAUCUGUGCUCCGCAUUCUACGUGCUCGCCCGUAUGGCCUACGAGGUGGAGAUGGUCAGCGCCGGCACCAGCCUCACAAAUAAUUCUAUGAACUUCAUCGACGAGUGCUUGGCGCCGGCAUGGAGAUGGUUGGUCGAGGCGAUGGACGCCACUGAAAGACAAAUAAAGCUCGCCAAGGCACGACAACAGGAUCUGGACGUUGAGCCUCAAGCUCUCCCCCAACAUCUUCACGAAGUGCCCACCGUGUCCGCCUACUUCGUCGAUCUGAUGCGAACGGCCAGCGGAGAACAGGGCGAGAAGUUUCCGACUCUGGAUUCCGCCUUACUUCGCCCUCUGACGCUCGUGGCGGACAUCUUUCUGGCUCGCUGCCGUACCCUGGACCUCGUCCAGUCGUUGCUCAGCGGUGUCACCGAGGAGGAACGCCAGAAGACGGCCUUCUUUGAGCGCGGCCUCGAGUUCUGCUACCCGGGAAUCGUCCAAAAGGCCGACAACUCGGUUUCCACCGAGCAAUGGCGACUGGCCUCGAAUCCGCUGCUGUUGACGCCCAAAUACUCCCGACCCAACUUCUACCAACACGACAGCCUGAAGAUGACGGCCGACCAGUGGAACGGCUUCUACGCCGAUAAGCUGAACCUGAAGAUCCCGGAGGGCGGCUCGAAUCCCCCGGCCUAUUGGACGAGGGCGAGUGGGCUUGUCGUCAAGCAAGACAUACACAUAUUGCUGCCCAAACCCGAGCCCAGCCUUGGUCUUGACUGCGAUGCGACUCUGAAUUUGUUGGAGGUCCGCGCAGAAUCGCGCUGGGCGACCACGCUGGAAUGCUUGGCACGUAACUACCAUCAGGACAUCUUCAGCAUUUGCGGCCAGGAGUUCUUCAGCCAGAAGGUCUUCGACAACCCCGGCCAAGCUACUUGUCGCGAGCUGGUCAUUGAGAAGCUCUCGCGCAGUCACGACAAGCUCGUCCGCAGCACCGUCUACCAGCUCAAUGCCCAGUUCACGAGGCGUCUCGGCCAGAAAACCGCCGCUACCCCUCCACUUUUCACACAUAAGAUCAAAGUCGGCUUCGAAAACGAGCCCGGCGAGGGAAGUGGUGUGGCUCGGGCCUUCUAUUCGGCGCUCGGCGAAGCUUUGAUGAGCCUCAAGAACCUGCCCUUUGAAGAUCUCGGAUGGGACAACAACGAAGAGUUUCUGUACGGCGGCGCCCCACCCGAGGCCAGUCCCCAAAAGCCCUCGCGCAGCAUGAUUGACUACUUUGGAGCUAUCGAUGAGCCAUCAUUGAUUGGCCGUCGCUUCCAGCUGUUGCCCACUCGAUCGUCGCGCAAGCUGACCCUGAAGCUGGCCUCGGCUCCUUACACGCCGCAGCGCAUCGCUGAACCUGCCCCCAACGUCAUCGACGAUUCGCUCACGAUCCGUCAAGUCCCUGACCUCGCCGAUAAGCUGUUCAAUCAAGUUCAAGCCCAAUAUCCGCAAGCUGCCGAGCGUAUCACCGGAUUGCUGGUCGAUAUGCCUGUGCAAGAAGGCGUGCGCAUGAAUAUUAACAAGGACGGAUGCUUCCGCGAACGGCUUCAAGAGGCCGUCGAUCUGCUGAAGAAGGGCGACGCGGCAGACCGCGCGAUGUUCGAGUCGCAGGCUGGCGAGGAAACGACAUCCGCUCAAGAGCCGGUUGUGCCGAAGAUGGACACGGCUCCCUUGUUUUACCAGCCAUCUGCUGACCAACCGGUUUUCGCCCUCUCUCCGGGUGCGAUGUCGCCGAUCCGCUCAGUGCUUUCAGGAAUGUUGGAAGAAUCAUCGGGCUCUGCCUCAUCCAGCAACAUGUUUUCCCGCUGCGCCUGCCGCGCCACGUCUGGAAGGUCAUUCUCCGAGCGGCCCACCUCCUUCCACGACCUCGCCUUUGUUGACAAAGAGCUCUACAACCAGCUGCGCACGCUGAUCGCCGACUUGUCCGGCAGCCAGGAGGGGUUGGCCGAGAAGCUUGACGCGCUGCAGUUGGACUUUUCUCCGACCACCAUCGAGUUGUGCCCCAACGGCGGCCAGCAGCGCGUGACGGCCGAGAACUCGCAAGAGUACGUGCACGAGAUUGUGAAGUGUCGACUGACCCGUGAUGAUCUGAUGAAAUGCUAUCAGUCCCUUCAACAAGGUAUCAGCGACGUCAUCCCCAGCGGCUACCUGGCACACUUGAGCCCGGAAGACAUGACGCUGCUUGUCAACGGCAUCGCUGAGAUGGACAUGGGCCGUCUGAAGCGGUUGACCGCUUUCACCGACGAGUGCCGCAUCAGCCCCGGCGAGAUCGAGACGAUCCGCAAAUGGUUCUGGGAGACGGUCGAUCGGCUGUCGGAGCGCGAGAAGCAGGACCUAGUCUUCUUCUGGACCGGCUCGGCGACGCUGCCAGCGCUCGACGAGCUCUUCGUGCCGCGUCCUUCUAUUGUCAUCAGGAGCCUCUCGGACGCUCAUCUCCCAUCAGCCAACACAUGCAUUUCGCGCAUCUACCUGCCGCAGUACUCCUCGAAGAAGAUCCUCGCCCCAAGCUGCGCACGGCCAUCCAAGUGGAAGUUUUCGGCUUCGUUUAGAUGCUCCUUCCCCUCCUUCAUCAUCAUCAUAGAGCUGCCGGCGAGUGUGCAGCAGCGGCUGGUCGUCUUCGCCACCCAGGUCGACCAGUCCCUCGUCACCCUACUCGGUGCGCACGCGAUCCAGGCCCGUCGACCCGCAGCGAGAAGACGAGCAAGAGACGCGACAAAUCCGACGCCCCGCCUUGACCCAGAAUCCGCGCUCCACCGCCCCGCAAGACGUGGCCAUAUCGCCGACGAGCACUGCCCAGCAGCGCGCCUGCGAGGACCGGCCGGCCGGCUCGUCCGAGCCCUACGCGUCGGAGUCGAUUUUCGAACAAUCGCCGAAGCAGUCAUAAUGGUAUCCCGCGUGGCUGCGCAGCCGAUUUGUCUCCUCAUCCUUAAUCCCGCCGAUUCAUUCAAGAAGAACCAUUUAUUAAACUGUUUCGCGAACCGG